UAACAGAAUAUAUCAUAUACAUAUACAUACAGAAUACGUAAAUAUGUCAAAAAAGUAAAGCUAGUAUCAAUAAAUAUUAUUGUUGGCGUCAUUCCAGUAACAUUUAAGAUACUUGUUAUAUAUUAUUGUAUUACAUAUCAUAGAUUAGCAUCAAAGUAAUAAAUCUAUCAAUUUGAUAUCGAAAACGUCUUAGAUCAAAAAUUUUCGUAUUACAUUACAAAAAUGAAUAAACGAAUGUUCCUUAUUGCUGUCUUAUUGACUGUACUUGUUAAUAAAGGAGACAGCUUAUACUGCUACAGAUGUAAUAGUAAUCAACCUGGGUGUGGCACUCCUUUAAAUUGGUUAUGGUACUGGGGAGAAACUUGUCCAGAAUAUGAUGAUAAAUGUAUAAAAAUUAUUGAGAGAAAAGGAGCUGAAACCAUGAUAACACGUGAUUGUUUAAGUUCUGUUCGUAGCUUUAGAAAAGAUAUUCCAGCUGAUCGGUAUGAAGGUUGCCGACCAGCUGCAAAAGAUGUUCAAUUAGGACACUAUGUAAAUAAUUCUAUUUGGCAAUUAGAUAUUCAUAGAGAUUAUUAUGAUGAAGUAACAUGGUGUUUUUGUUACUUUGACCAUAGAUGUAACAAUGCUGAUAAUAUUACUGCAUCAACAGUAUUAUUAAUUUUGGGUAUCAUAAUACAACAAUUUGCAACACAAAAUGUGUUCUAAAUAUUAAAUUUGUACCAUAAAUUUAUUGGUUCUUUUUUGGAAAAUUAAAUUCAGUCUAUUUACUUCGAUUAGCAUUUGCAUGCAAUAAAUCUAAGUAGUAAAUUGCUGUAUAUAGUGUAAAUAAUCAUUUCAAUAUGAAGAGUAACUAUUUUUAUAUAUAAAACAUAGAUCGCUGUCUUUUUAAAUAAUCAAUCAGGAAAUAUUAGAUGUUUUUAUAUGUAAGAUUCCGUCCAUUUUUGAAGAAAAAACUGCCUUUUAAAUGUAUAUUUAACAAAGCAAGUGUUAACUUUUAUAUUUUUAUAUUUUUAUCACAUAUAUGUUAGAUGUAUAUAAUUAAUUGUAUCAAAACUUUAAUAAAACUGAUAUUUUAUA